AUGAAGCCAGCAGGCACCGUUCUGCUUUUCAUCAGCCUAGCUUGUUUGUUCCUCUAUGCAGAUGCUGUGAGCCAAGGGGGCUUUAAGGCUUUUUGCAGAAACUAUGAGAAGACACUGGCUACUGAUACAAAAUCGUGCCCAAAGUUCCACAAACCGGUGUGUGGCACUGAUGGAAAAACUUACCAAAACCGCUGUGAAUUCUGCCGAACAGCCAUGGAAAGAAGUUUUGGGAAACUUGGUUUCAAACAUGAAGGGAAAUGCUGA